AUGCAACCCAUCGGAAACAGGAAAAUGAAACUAGGCCUGGAAGAAACUCCGGGAACUGCUACGAUUGUCAGGGUCGUGGGCACCCUGCACGAGUUUGCCCCAGCAAAGGGGAACGAACCAAGCGGCCAGGCGAGACCUGCAAGAAGUGUGGAGGUGUUGGACACUAUGCUCGUGACUGUCCUACACAACGACCAAGGCCGUGCCGAGCCGAAAAAGAAGAGCAGCGGGCAACCUAUCCGUCCCAGCACUGAGAAGACCAAACGUUUAAACCGCGAGGCCUAG